UUUGCCCGCCGUUCUCCCCGACUAUUGGACUGCGAAACAUGGAUAGAUGGAAAAGUUUGACUGUUUUUGGUGUGUGUGAGGGAGUUCGAUACGAGCGAUGAGUCCCGUGAAGAGAUUUCACAGAUCUGACUGGAAAAACACUCAUUUACUGCGCUCAUCUGCACUGUUAACCACUUAUUAAACUCAGCCAGUGGAGAUAUGACUAUUGAAGUGGCUCCGUGCCGCGCCGGAGGUGUGAUGUUGGUCCGUGACGCCGGUGUGUGUGGACACGAGCACAAUCAUUGAUGGCUGGAUGUAGGGGUCCGAUGGUGUGUUAAAGGCGCCAUGGGGAGCUGCUGUAGCUGUCCCGAUAAAGAGAUCAUACCUGACAAUCAUCACAACAAAUUCAAGGUGAUAAACGUGGAUGAUGACGGUAAUGAGCUGGGCUCAGGUGUGAUGGAGCUGACGGAGGAAGAGCUGAUUUUGCACACGCGUAAACGAGACGCUGUAAAGUGGCCCUACCUCUGCCUGCGUCGCUAUGGCUACGACUCCAACCUCUUCUCCUUCGAGAGCGGCCGGCGCUGUCAAACCGGUCAAGGGAUAUUUGCGUUCAAGUGUGCACGGGCCGAGGAGAUCUUUAACAUGCUGCAGGACAUCAUGCACAACAACAGCAUCAGCGUGGUGGAGGAGCCGGUGCUGGAGCCCGAGCUUCCAGUGACGCCUCACACUCCCACCACUCCCGGUUACUCCGUCCCGACGGUAGCCAAUGGGAUUGGCCGCUACCCUUCAUUCGGCGACGCCUCCUCGCGGCCGUCCAGCCGUCACCCUUCGGUGGGCAGCACCCGUUUACCCUCAGUAGGGGAGGAGUCCACACACCCACUGCUGCUCAACGACGAGACCGUACACACUUAUGUCAACACCACGGGUCUGCAAGAAGAGCGGCGCUCUCGCAGCACUGGCCACGCCCCUCUAGAGCUCCGGACCUCCAAUCCAGAGAGCGCAGCCCCAGCCUCGCCCAAUGAGCUGGAGCCCAGCGUGCUUCUGGAGCCGGAGGCCGUCAAGUUUGUUUUGGGCCCCACGCCGGUCCAGAGACAGAGACAGCGAGAUCUGGGCGAGCCGGACACGGCGGUGGGCUCAAACACUGACGCCGCUUCUCCAGUAAAGACUGUAAACGGCGGCACGGACUGCGACACGGGCUACGACAGCGACGAGCGCAAAGAGACGCCGCACGAGACUCUUAACGGCGGGUCCGGAGCGAGGCGCAUCAGACCACCCGUUCCUCUCCCAGACGCCCACAACGCUAACAACUCAGCCCAGCGGCGCCCGGCGCUGCUCAACUACGAGAACCUGCCGGCGCUGCCGCCCGUCUGGGAGACCCGCAAACCCAGCAGCGAGGCGGAGGACGAGGACGGACUCAAAUCUCCGUCUCUGAACGGCUUCCACUCGUUCGAUCACAAUUACGUGAACACGGAGAACGUGACGGUGCCGCUCAGCGCACACAAACUCCACAGCGCUCAGCCCAGCGUCUUCAGCUUCGACCUCCGCCGGCUCGGACAGCUCAACUACAUCGAGGUGGAGAUGGACAAGGUGUCGGACUCCAGCGGGCCGCACACCCCCAAGACGCCCACCACGCCGCUGCCGCCCACCCCCACGCGCCGGACGGAGCUGUACGCCGUCAUCGACAUCGAGCGCACCGCCGCUAUGUCCAGCCUGCAGAAAGCCCAGCCGCGGGACGAUGGCACGUCCAGAAAAACACGACACAACAGCACCGACCUGCCCAUGUGACCCAGCGGCUGAGCUCCACAAAACACGAGGUCUAGGUCACGUUUCACUACUAAACACCUCGAUCAUCAGAUCCCCCGCUUUAUACAUGCAAACUCUAAAUAAUUAAGCUGCAUUCAUUUGAACAAAAAUGAAAUAUUAUUACAAUUUUAAAAAAGUAAUUGAUUAAAUAAUUAAUUGAUGGAUUUUCAGCAUCAUUACUCCAGUCUUCAGUGUCACAUGAUCCUUCAGAAAUCAAUCCCUCAGCUAUUAUCAGUCAGUAUUGGCGCUCAGCUAUCAGUUUAUAUAAUUAUCAAUGUUCGACAAACAAUUUUUGCUGCUUAAAACGUGAAAACCAUGAUGCAUUUCUUUUUUUGCAAUUCUUAGAAGAAUAGAAAGUUGAAAAAAAGUGCAUUUAUUUGAAACAGAAGUUUUCAUCAAUUUAAUUUACCAUUGUGAAAUAAAAGCAUUAUUAUUAUUAAUAGUAGUAGUAUUUUUUAGUGACUACAAACUUCUAAAUGGAAAUAUGUCAGUUUCUGCAAAUAAAUAUUGAGCAGACAAACUGUUAAGACUGAUAAUAAAGGAUCACGUGACCCUGAAGACUGGAGUAAUGAUGAUAAAUUCAGCUGCGCAUCACAGGAACGAAAUACUUUUGACCAUAUAUCUGAAUAUCAAAUAGUUAUUUCAAUAAGUAAUGAUGUUUCAAAAUGGCACUGUGCUUACUGUAUUUUUAAUCAAUGAAAUGCAGCCUUGAUGAGCAGAAGAGGCUUCAUCGAAAACAAGUUCUUCAAACACUUAAGAAGCUUCAGUUUCAUAUAAAUAUAUUUGAUUUGGGGUGAAAUAUGACCUAGAAGUGAAAUGUUUUGUGAGAUUUGUUCAUAUAUAUAUAUAUAUAUAUAUAUAUAUAUAUAUAUAGUACUUUACAAGUGCACUGAUCUGCAUUGAUUCACUCAACACACGCAGGUCUGAAGCGGUCAAACAGGUACAGAUGAGUUCAGCAGACCUCAUUCACAAUGCUGUGAUCUUUUACUCUCUAUUUCACAAGUACAGAAGUGGUGGAGAUUCUCGUGGUUGAUGUAAGUCACUCAUUUUGCACUUGAGAGCAAUAAAAGAUGCUCACUACGGUAUUCUAGAGUCACUUUAAACGGCCGCUCUCCGUCCUCAGCCCUUCUGUUAGCGUCGGGUGCUCUCACAGGGAAAUAUAAUCACAGUCUUAAAAAGAUUGCAGCCUACACUGUUUUAAAAAAUAUCUUUGCAUAAAAGUUUGCAAACUAUAGUGUUAUUACACAUGAAAGAAUUCAAAUGUUACUUCAAUUUGAGGUUCCUUGUAUAAAAGUCAGAAAUAAAAGUUUCUUUUUAUGUAAAAUUCCCAGAUUUUUAUACAAAUAUCAAUAUUAAUUUGGCAUUUCUUUUCUGGGUUAUUUUGUGACGGAUGCAGAGAAAUCACAAGCUCCAAUAUUCUUUCUUUUACAACUUAAAGCAGCGUAUAUAUAUUGAUAAUAUUGAAGCUCAUGAGUGCUUUCAGAAGGAGCUGGAGGACGUGUGCGGUGCUGUAAAUGUGAUUGUCUCGCUCGUCUGCGCGCUCCCAUCUUUCCAAACAAGCAGACGCACCGAUCUAGACAGCCGCUUUAUGUAAAGUUUCUAUUGUAAAGUUUAUUGUAUGCUUGAGUUGCAUUAUUAUCACGUUAUUUUCUACCUUUUUGAGAGAGUGUGCAAAUAUAGGAACGUUCACAUGUACAAAACGACACUUAGUAGUUUUAGAAACAAAUGAAAUGAGUGUAAAAAUCAAGAUCAUUUGCCAAAUCUGAGGAACGGAAUGAUUGUUGGGAUCUUUUAGGGGUGUGUGUGUGUGUGUGUGUGUGUGUGUGUGUGUGUGUGUGUGUGUGUGUGUGUGUGUGUGUGUGUGUGUGUGCGGUUACAUUCCUUUGCGAGUAUUUCACAAUUAUGGACAUCGUACUGAAACUAGUUUUGAUAUUGCAUUUGAUAUAUUGGGUAUUGAUAUCAGUUUAGUAAAAUGUUUGUAUUUAAAAAAAAAAAAAAAAAAAAAAAAGACAGAAUAUUGUGUAUUUUGUGAUAUGUACACCAUUACAUCCCUGCCAUCGGUGCCAACUCUAUUUUUGUAGCAUGGCAAAAAAAUCAUUAAAAAAUGAAAUGAAA